UUGACGGGUGAGCUAACAUUGCGCGAAAAUAUUAAUGCGAGAUGAUGAUGUAGUGAUAAAUGAUUGAUGCAAAUUAGUGUUUAGUGUUUUAACUCGAGAAAAAUUUCUUGGAAUCCUGCUCUGGAGGAAAAGGAUAUACGACGAGACAAAUUAGGAAAUUAGGAUGUUUAGAACAACAUUCGAUACAUGCGAGGACAGCAUCGAUUCUGGCUUCGAACUGUCAUUCAAAUCCGAGACUACAGCAACGCCAUCAACUUCAGAAUACUACGACGACAAAAGCGACUACUUCGAAUACGACUGCGAAUUGUCCACCCCUACCAAGAAAGAACCUACCUUGGGACAAGAAUUCCAAUACACGCCCACCAAAAAACAACCCGGAAUAAACCAAGCGCUCUACGAUCAUUUCAACAGUGCUUUCCAAGGAGCCCUUGUAGAACCAAAACGUAGAAUCAUCUAUCAGAACCAUGUGUCAGGUGAUGAUCAGACACACCAUUUCGAAACUCCUGAAGAAUCUACAUUUAUCAGCGAUUUAUAUGGAGGAAACGCUAUCACGUCUACGCCCACCAAGGAAGGUAGGCCGAAAAAGAGGUACGCCACUGGAAGAAACAGAGUCUCGAGAGCGAGAAGUCCCACCCAAGUACAAAAACUGAAGAGAGUUCGAAGAUUGAAAGCCAACGAUCGAGAACGCAACCGUAUGCACAUGUUGAACGAGGCUUUGGACAAACUGCGCUGCGUCUUGCCCACCUUCCCUGAAGAUACCAAGUUGACGAAGAUCGAAACGUUGAGAUUCGCCCACAACUACAUUUACGCCCUUACAGAGACUUUGAAUGACUUCGACAAGUAUAACUGUGGUUCACAGGAGAAUGUGAUUGUAAACGUAGGCAAUGUGCAAGUGUCCAUCAGCAAACAUGGAAAUUCUAUAACAUCGAGGGACUUCACAGGUCAAAGUUUAUCUCAUGCAGUUGUAACCAGUGGAAGUAUCAUGAACGCAAGUUUCAUGCAGGACUAUAAUGAGGCCAACCGAUUUGAUGCAGAAACUUGCGCUAGAAAUUAUAAUAAUAAUUGUAAUUAUGAAAGUAAUACUUUUUACAACAGCAACUUUAAUUACCCUGGAAAUAUGAUGUAUUAGUGCCUUGACUGAUUGGAAAACCACAACCCAAAUAGACCAAAAUUUUUUCUUUUUUCUUUUCAAAUUACGCCAUUUUACCAAAGGAAUGUUGCAAUCCAUAGUUUUCAUUUUACGAGUCAAAAUAAAGAACUGCCUUCUAGUCAUCUCUAUAUGUGAUUGAAUAUCGAUAAUUUUAUUUUUAUAUUUUACAUUUUUUUAUA